GUGUGCCUAUAUAUAUAUCUAUAUCUAUAUAUACCAACUAUCAUCUCUAUCUAUCCAACAAGAGUACGAGGGUUCACCAUCAAUCUAGAGCUCCUUGUUAAAGUUGGAAUAGCUAGCAAUUACGCCAUGGAUGGAACGGACAAGGAGACGACCGUGGCGGCCGCCGGGACGAAUGGGAUGGAGGCGGCGCCAGCCAUGGCAGCAGGCUCCGGCAGCUGUAUCUGUACAGUGGUGGAGAUCGACGUCGACGACGACGCCGAGGCGGCGGCGGCGGCGCCACGAAGAACACGGCCGAGGCCUUUCAUCUAUCGGGUGCCCAACCACAUCAAGAACAUGACGAACCCGGACGCAUACCGGCCGCGGUUGGUGUCGCUGGGGCCCUUCCACCACGGCGAGGCCGAGCUGCAGCCCAUGGAGAAGCACAAGCACCGCGCGGUGGCGCACCUGAUCGAGCGUAGCGGGAAGCCGCUGCGAGAAUUCAUGGCUGCCGUCGAGGAGAUCGCCGAGCAGCUGCGAGCCGCUUACGAGGACCUUGAUGACGAGAGGUGGAGCGGAGAGGAGUUCGUGGAGCUGAUGCUCACCGACGGCUGCUUCUUGCUGGAGGUGAUGAGGGCGUUUCAGCUUCAGCGGGAAGGGAAGAAGGAGGUAGAAGAAGGGGGAGAUUACGAGGCUGACGACCCUGUCUUCAGCGAGCACGGGUACCUAUACCUGCGCUGCGAUAUCAUCUCCGACGUGCUCCUGAUGGAGAACCAGCUUCCCCUGCUCCUCCUCGACAAGCUCUGCCAUGUUGCAUACGCAGACAAUCUUCAGGAGGAAGAACGUCUAAGGAUAAACGAUGAUUCGGUGCUUUCUUUUCUUUUCUCAUCGUCGGACGACGCGCCGGCGAUCGACGGCCCACUGGGGCUCCACCCCGUGGAUGUUGUUCAGAGAAACAUCCGUGGUACCUGCCACCAAAACAGUGCAGGACGAUCAAACGGGGUUUUCAUGAUUCCAUGUGCUGCGGAGCUCCAAGAAGCAGGAAUCCGUUUCAAGGUGGCCGCCGCCGAUGCUGGUGGUGGAUUCGCAGGGGCGAUAACCUUCAGAGGCGGCGUGCUAACCAUCCCGUUGCUUCAUGUGAUGGAUUCCACGGAGAGCAUGUUCCUCAACCUGAUGGCGUUCGAGCGGAUGCACCCCGGCGCCGGCAACGACGCGAUGGCGGCCGUCAUCUUCUUGGACAACCUCAUCGACACGGCCAGGGACGUGGCGCUGCUGAAAUCGAGAGGGAUCAUCAGCAACCUGUUCAGCAGCGAUGAGGCUGUGGCGGCGCUGUUCAACAAUCUCAGCAGGGGAGCGGUGAUGAGCCCGCACAGCAGCCUCUACGGCGUGCAGCGGCAGGUGAUCGCGCACUGCAGGAAGAGGAGGAACAGGUGGCGAGCCAGCCUGGUGCACAGCUACUUCAGGAACCCGUGGGUGUUCAUCUCCCUCGUCGCGGCUUUCAUCCUGCUCGCUGCCACUGUCAUGCAGACUAUAUACACUGUAAUCCCAUUCUACACCAAGAGCUAAUUUAAUUUGCUCCAUGGUGGCCAAAAUUAAGCAGAGGGAAAACACCGAAGCCAGCAUAUAUAUAUGGACGUUUAAUUAGGUGCUCCAAUAAUUGUUCGUAUGUGGGCCAUUUGUUGAUGGUAAACAUCAUAUAUUUUAAAACUCUAUAGUGCAUGUGCGUGGCUGAAUAAUUGGUUAAAUGUGACUAUCUGCGUAAUAUAAUUCUAUUUAAUUAG